AUGGGCCGCACAGCCUGCGUGGUGGAGCUUCAAGAUCAACUGAUGGUCCUGCAGAACAGCGAGCACGCGACGCGGUGCUUCGCCACGAUGGCGCACCAUGAGGAGGUCCUUUGUGAAGAAUGGGCUGUUUUCUACUACGCGUAUUUGUAUGCCGCGCUGAUCUACGAGCUACAGGCGGCGGUGGCCGCCGUGUUGUAUCAGCUCCCGUCGGUGCAGUCGACGCUGCCGCGCACUCUGGUGUCGGAGAUUUGGGCCUGUUGGGGCAGGGCUCACACGUGGUCGCUCAGUUUCUCGCAGCGCCGUGGUGUUCCUCUACCACGUCGAGCUCUGGAGGCCCUCGGUGAGCACGCGGCCAUUUCUGCUCGGGCUGCCCCGCCGCGCCGCGCCGUGCCAGCAGUGACCUCCUGGCCCUGGGCCAGGAUGGUGGCGGACUGUGGCCGCGACGGGCUUCUCCGAGCCGCGGCCAGCUGCCGCCGGCGCUGCCCGCGACGGUGUUGCCUGCGGCGGGCUGCCGCCGGUGCUGUCGGCGAGGACGCCGAGCGGCACGACCUGGAGGCGCCCCUUGUCGGCGCCGGCGCCCCCACGGGCCCCUCGCGCCCGCGCAGCCUGGCGCCCAGGUGCCCGGCGCGCGUCGGCUUCCUGGCUGGCCCGCUGGCGAGAAAUGCGAGCGCGCCGGCCUUUGCCCUCUUCCUGGCGGGCUGGGCCGAGCAUCUGGCCCUCCCGGCAAAGGAGCGGCCGUGCGCCCUGGGCUGCGUGCCGUUCGAGUGCGUCGCGUUCCUCGGGGUCCUGGGGGAGGGCGCGGGCGACAAGGGCGGCAAGGGCGGCAAGGUCAAGGGCAAGUACUCCGGCAAGGCCGCCAAGGGCUCCAAGAGCGGCGGCAAGGGCGACAAGAGCGGCAAGGGCGGCCACUCCAAGGGCGACCAGGGCAGCCGCGGUGGGGGCGGGGAGCUGGGGGGAUACCAGCGUCUGCUGCGCGCAGCGGGUCCCGGCGCCGCCGCCGUGCCCUCGACGCGUGAGGCGCUCUUGAACGGGGAGUUCGCGAACCUGACUGAGGUCGGCGAGCCGCAUGUCGGCUUUGCUGGCCAACGACGCCUGUAUGCAGCCACCAACACCAACGGCUCGCGCCUCCUGGAAGUCCUAGGGGACUUCCACAUGACGGCCCUCAACACGUUCGGCAAGAGCACGCGCCAAAACGGCACCUGGAAGCACACGACUGGCAAGGGAUGGGCCACAAUCGACUUCAUCUGCACCCGCCUGAACGGCUCCUACGGCAUCCGAGCGGCCCGUCUGCGGACAACUCCUGUUAGCAUGGGAGGCUACCGCGACCACCGACCUGUCGAAGCCCUCGCGUAUGCUGGACUGAGAGCUAAGCGGGCUGCCGAACCCCGACCUGACCGAUGGAACCGCGAGGCCAUGGCACGCGACUUGCAAGUCCUGAAGGACCCAGAUGCGUCCGCCCCAGCCCACGUCGCACAGACGCGGGCAACUCUGGACAACCGUCUACGAGAGCAACAUUUCACAGGCCACUGGCAGGAGGAAUGCGGCGAGAUGCUCUGCUACGCCACGCCCUCGGAGUACUUCAACGCCAUCGAGCACGCGGUCAUUGAGGCAGCGGCCCCGCACUACGUCCUGAAGCCCACGCAGACCCAGCGCCCCAAGCUGACGGACGCCACCCUGGCCCUGAUCGCAAACAAGCACGCCAUCCAGAAGCGCAUGGCCUACUGCUCCGACCCGUCGUCGCCCCGCGCUGUCUACCUCCAGACCCAGUGCGCCGAGGCGGCCAAGCGCGCCGCCAAGGCUGUCCGAGCUGAGCGACGCCAGCGCUCGGCGUCCACGGCUGAAGAGGCGGAGACGGCAGAUGCGAACAUGAACCUGCGCAAGCUCCACAGCGUCACGCGCCGUCUUGCUCCAAAGCCCGCGGCCCCAGUCAUCGCGGUCGCCAACCCGACUACGGGCGGUGCAUGCAUGGGCGCCGAGGAGGAGACCGCUGUCCGCGCAGAGGGUCUCUGCAACAUCUUCGACGGCACCCAGAUCAACAUGGACAGCCCAGGAGGCCCCAUCGGCAUCCUCCCGAGGGACGACGCCCGCAUAGGCACAUGCACAGUCGAUGACGUGACCAGGGCCAUUGCCAAAAUGCCUAACUACAAGAGCGCUCCUGCCCUCAAGUUGCCACCGCUGGGCGCGGCCGGAGAUCUCGCCGCCACCGGUGCACAGUCGACCUUCCAGGCUGACGGGUCCGUCAUCGAACUGUGGAAGCUCUGUGCCGCUGAGACGGCCCCAGUACUCCACGGCGCCUUCCAGGCGUGCCGGGCUCUCGGCCACGCGGCUCAGCGCUUUAAGGGUGGCGAGACUGUCUCCCUGCGCAAGCCGAAGGGUGAUGGCAAGAACGCCAAGGGCCAGUGCAAGGCCAUCAACCUCAUCAACCACAUUGGUUAUCCGACGCUACCGGCUCCACGGCCGCGCCGCGCGUCCAGGCUCGGCUCUGCGACGGUCCCAGGCAUGCUCGUGGCAGUCCUGAUCGAUGUGGAAAAGGCCUUCGACUUGAUUGACCGCGAUGAGAUCUGGCAGGCCCUCGAAGCCCUUGCAAUGCGACUGGAAGUGCGUCUGGCCGUUGAGGGGCUCCACGAGGGCACAUGCAACGUUGCCAGGGACAUCCGCACCAAUCGCCCCAUCCGCAAGCUACUCGUUCCACGCGGAGUUCGCCAGGGGAGUGUGGAGGGCCCUAUGCUGUUCGUUGCUGUCUAUGACCUUCUCACUCGCAAGCUUGAGGAAAGCCGGCGUGACUCCGAGUUCCCCGAGAUCACCAUUACCUUCGACCCCAAUUUUCGCAACCUUCGUCACCGUCGCGGGCUGUUGAGAGGAGAAGGAGAGGAGGUGCUCGAGGUGUCCCCUGUCAAAUUCGUUGACGACCUGAUCGCCCUUACUAUCGUUGAAGAUUUCGAUGCGGUCUCUCGGUUCCUGGAGUUCCUCAAAACGGAAAUCACUAAGGGCAAGAUGAAGGUAAAUGACACCAGAUUUGAAGGGCUGAUCGUCACGACUGGCAAGCAAAGCAAACGCAGACGAGCCGCGAUCCGAUCGAAGCGAACGGACAUUCGAAUGCAGCAGACCCCAGUCCAUGCCGCGCCCAGUGUGAAGUACCUAGGCACCAAGCAGCGCGACGAUGACAGCAUGGUGGAGGAGGGCGUCCCGCGUCCCGCGUUCCCCGACUUGCAGCAGAAAAAUCAGCCCGAGGACUCCGAGCAGGGCCCUGAGGACCCCGAGGCCCAGUGCGACCCCACGAAGUUGAUUCAGGCGGUAGUCUUCGGCAGGUUGAACUUCGAGGGGCCCAAGCAUACGGAAAUCAACUCGUUGCUCGGCGCCCUCCAGGAGGACCUCAGGAUGCCCUGGUCCGCCACUAUCGCCUGCAGCGCUGCCGUGCUCCACCGUCGACCACCUCGGCUCAAGCGUGUGAGCCAGCGGGGCCCGAACCGCCAGGACCUGCCCCUCCUGCCCCGCGGCAAGAGUCGGGCGCUCAUGUGGAACCUCGAGAGCGCGAAGCAGUGGACGAAGCCGAAGAUCGACCUGGUCCUCCCCGAGGACACGACCGAGUUGGACGCGAGCGACAAGCCCCAGACCCUCAGGUGCCGCCUGGAGCUCCUCUGCGAAGCCGCCCACCAGCUGCUCGCCCGAGACGACAACUUCGCGCUGACGGUGGCGGAGGGAUCGGAGCUCGAGAAGACUCUGGAACGCGGCUACCAGACCACAGUGACCAAACCCGCGCGCGGGGUCCCGCACGGACUGCAGUAUGUCACGACCCUCUGGAUGACCGUCCUUCGCAAGGCCGCGGUGCAGCCGAUCGUGGAAGAUCCCGCUCAGCCCGACCAGGUGGAGCAGCCAGCCGAGGUGCCCAUCUCGACCCAGAUCGGCACAGUGGUCACCAAGGUCGUCCGCAGCCAUCAGACGGCGAGCCUGGACAUGGUCGCGGACGCUCUCAAGAAGUUCAUGGGCGCCCCAGCAGCGAGCUCCGCCGACGGCGCCAGCAACCGCAUCGAGGAGAACCAAGUACGCUGGAUCUGGGCACCAACCAUCCACAUCGAUCUCAAGUACGCUCUGACGGCGGUGCACGUGCACGAGGACAUUCCCGAGCUCUCCAUCCAGCAGAUCUCGGCCAAGAGCGCGCUCGGCCUGCUCUUCAACACGGCCUUUGCCACCCUGGGUUUCCUCUACCUGCUGCACGCAGUGAUGCCUGGGCACCUCGACCCCUUCUGGGGCAGCAUCGGCGCCGCGCUCGCCGCGCCCAGGAGGGUGGCGGGCGCGCUGUCCAGCAGCGGCCUUGGCGGGCUGGACGCCGCGGGCCUCGGCGGGGCCUGGAGGCCGAUGCUGUGGGGCAGCCUCUGGUACCUGACGGUCUGGAGGUGGGCCGUCCGGCUGUGCUGCAUCAGGGCGUUUAUGCUCGAGAGCCUGCCCGAGUGGCAGGACAUGAACGGGCUCAGCGUCUUCUGGCUGUACGGGCUGUACGGGCUGCUCGGGUCGACGGUCUCGCUGUUCGUGGCCGUCAGCGCUCUGUUCACGACCUGGCUCAAGACCUGCCCGCUGAUGCGGCCGGUUUGGCUCUAUCUGCACAGUUGCAUCUGGGCACUUGGCGCUUGCUUGAGCUCCGAGAGAGGCCAUGCUCCGAAGUCGCUUAGACUGGACCAGUGCUUUGGACUGGUGAUGCUGGCCUGGUACUUGCUGGCGCAGUUGUUGUGGACACCGCCGCUGGGUUCGAAGUUCGACGAGGAGGCUUUCCUAGAAGCAGUGAUGGAGAAGGGCGGCUUCCAGGCAAAGAUGGAGAAUCGGAGCCCCAGUGGCCCACUGGCUCGGAGCCUCAGCGCCAACCCAGUGGUGCGGAAACUCAGCAGUGCCAUUUUGAAUGUGGAGGCCAAGGACGUGGAGAGUAAGCGGGAAGCGCUGAAAAAAGGCAGUAUCAAGAGCCAUGGCGGCAAAGUCGCCCUCAGCUUCAGACUGGGGCCCGUUGUUCGUGAGGACCUGCUUGAGACUAGCCUGAAGCUUCUCCGGAAGGCCUCGGUGGGACAGCUGCUGAGCAGCCGCUUCAGCGUCCACUUCCAGGGCGAGUGGGGCGUUGACUGGGGCGGCCUCACGAGCGACUGGUUCGACAGCCUCGCGAAGGCGCUUGUCAAGGGCAGCGAGCACCGCGAGCGCAGGAAGCAGGAGUCCGACGACCUUUUCUCCUCCUCGCUCCUCGCCCGCGCCACCGACGGCACCCUGCUGCCGCGGCCGAGCGGCUACACCCGCGCCUGCAGCGACGCCCCCGAGCGACUGCAGGAGCGGUGGGCGCGGCUCGCCGCCGUCGGGCGCUUCCUCGGGGUCGCGGUGCUGAAGGGCCGGCCGCUGCCGCUGUCCUUCGGGCAGGUGCUCAUGAAGCUGCUCUGCGCGAGGGACGUGUCCUACAGCGACGUGCGCCACCUGGACGACGACUUCUACACGCACCGCAUUCUGAACGCGGCCCUCACGGAGCCACUGACCUUCGUGUCGGCCCCCACGGAGCUGAUGCCCGAGCAGGUGCCACUGAAGGAGGGUGGCCACCAGACCCUCGUGACGGAGGAGAACAAGAUGGAGUAUAUCGAGCUCCUCUCGGAGGCCCGCAUUUGCAACGGCCGCCGGCACGAGCUCCAGUUCUUCAUCUCAGGGUUCCACGAAGUGAUCCCGGUGGACGUGCUGACGCGAGCCAAAGUCAGCCCCGCGGAGCUGUCGCUGCUCAUCUCGGGCGUGCACGAGUACGACGUGGACGAGUGGAGGCACCACGCCCAGCAGGAGGGCGACGACCAGGUCCUCGGCUGGUUCUGGGAGGCGGUCGCGUCCUUCUCCACGGAGCAGAGGGCCCUCCUCCUGAGCUUCAGCACCGGCAGCUCACGGAUCCCCCCUGGGGGCUUCGAGAACCUGGAGCCCCAGUUCCGGGUCUGCACCACGGGUGAGCACCAGGACCGCCUGCCCACGCCCACACGUGCUUCAACCAGCUCGACAUCCCGAAGUAUGGCUCCAGGGAGCUGCUCGUGGAGAUGCUGCUCCUGGCCAUCAGCGCCGACUCGGGCUUCGGCUUCGUGUGAAUCCUGGGCUUUUUGCCCGUCGCCCUGUGUCUGA